AAUUAGAAAUUUAGAAUCGAUAGUUUUUUUUCUUAACAUUUUUAUUCAUCCUACAAAGUAAAGUUAUAACUCGUUUCCCCACUGCUUGUUUUUUUUACAUCACACUGUUGCUGAGAAAUCCUAAAAUCGAGUACACGUGGCAUAUACCACAAAGUUAUUCCAAAAACUUUUUCAUUUUACCCUUGAACUUGAGCCAUAAAAUGUAACAAAUUUUUUGUAGCAUUCGUAUUUUUGGCCGGAUUAAAUAAAUUAAAAAAUAACACAAUCAUUUAAAGUUUUUAAAGCCAAGGUUAGCAACUAUUUAAAAUCUCCAUGACGUACGCUUUGUGUAUUUACACUUCGAUCAAUACGGAACAAAAAAACUGUUUAAAGCAUUAACAAAACGUAUUCAUUUCGUUGGUGUACAGCAGAUGUUAAAACCUGUUAAAUGUUAUCUUCGUAGUGAUAAGGAUAAUAAGUGAUAAGCGACACUGGCAGACGCGGUAUUCACAUUGUUGUAAAGGAAUUCGUGACAAAAAGUUGUUUUAGUGUCCUUGUUGGGUGAUAUUGAAACAUUAAGGUUUUAAAAUCGAGAUAAAAAUGGAGGGCAUACCAGCGAAAGGCGAUGAGGGUUUCCAAAGAGUUCCUCCACCACCAUAUACAGCAAAACCUGAAGAUCCACUACCAAAUAUACAUUAUCCACAACAACCUCCUCCACCUGGUUUUGUGCCCCCAAAUGAUGGUCCUUCAUCUGCAAGUGUAACAGUUGUUCAAGCACUGCAACUUGACAGCACAAGUCAGAUGGUUCAUUGUGCCCAUUGCGGAGUCACAAGUAUGACCACUGUACAAGCUAAACCAAAUACUAUGACUCAUACUAUGGCGUUAGUAAUGUGCUGUUUUGUAUGCUGGCCCUGUGCAUGGAUUCCCUACGCAUGCGAUUCAUGUCAAAGUAUUCAUCAUUAUUGCUCCAAUUGCAAUGCAUACAUAGGAGAAUAUCGUGGAUAAAUUAAUAGAAUAAAUUAAUCAAGAACGAAAAUGAGAUUAAAUAUAGAUAUAUGUAAAAGUAUAUUUAAUAAAAGUUGCACUAAUUAUUGUAAUAUGGUGAUAAAUAGGAGUAUACUAUUAUUAAAAGUAAACAAAAGUAAAUAUAUGAACAUAUUUUAAAGUGAUAAGAAAUAAAUAAUUUAAAAUAUACUGUACGUCAAGGUUUAUGAGAAUGUAUUUUAAACGUUUGUGAUCCAUAAGAAAGAUUUUUCAUAUACUAUGUAAGAAAGAAAUAUAAUCAAAUAAAGAAACAUAAUUUUA